CAACGUGACGUCUCGCGGACGCGCACGAGCCGCCAAAAGCACGCGACAAGAUGGCGGCACCAGUGAGAAGAGGACAGUGAGCACCGCCAAGGGAGAGCCUCUCGACAUCAACAUGCCCCACGCACCAUGGUUGCCAUGGUGAUAUGAAGCCAACACGAUACGGCGACUUGUCCGCGCCCGGCUGCACAGAGGGUCAUUGAGUGACGGUCAAGCGCACACACCGGCCAGCCAUCUUGGCGGGCGGGCCGGUGUGAUGGACCGGUGCAAGCACGUGGGGCGGCUGCGGCUCGCCCCGGACCACUCCAUCCUCAACCCGCAGAAGUGGCACUGUGUGGACUGCAACACCACCGAGUCCAUCUGGGCCUGCCUGGGCUGCGCCCACGUGGCGUGCGGGCGCUACAUCGAGGAGCACGCCUUGCAGCACUUCAAGCAGCAGCACCACCCGCUCGCCAUGGAGGUGAACGAACUCUACGUCUUUUGCUACUUGUGCGACGACUACGUCCUCAACGACAACACCACGGGCGACCUCAAGCUGCUGCGUAGCACCCUCAGCGCGAUCCAGAGCCAGCGCUACGAGGUCACCACUCGCAGCGGGCGCAUCCUCCGCUCCACCAGCGCCGCGCCCGACGCCCCGAUGCCCUGCGGCGCUCAGGAGCUGCAGCUCAGGGAUGAAGACCGCAUGUUUACUGCCCUCUGGCACCGGCGCCGGGCCCUCAUGGGGCGUGUAUUCCGCUUCUGGUUUGGCCUGACUGACUGUGGGAAAGCGAGGCAGGAGGAGGAGAGGCUGCGAGAGGAGGAGGAGGAGCAGAAAAGGGCAGCGAGGGAGAGGAGGCGGGCGCUUAAAAGGCAGCUACAGGAGGAGCUGGAGAACGCCCCUCAGAGGAAGAGUCGCCGUUUGCUUCGAAGGACUCAGAGAGUUCCUGAUGUUGCGGUGAAGCAGCUGCGGUCACGCCCCACGCCCAAAAAGACUAAAGCGUCCACACCCUCGCCUCCCGCCCGCAAGCCAAGUCGUUCAACGCCCACUACUCCCACCACCAAGAAAAGUAGGAAAAAGAUCCAAUCGUCAGCCAAGUCCAAGAAUUGCUCUUCUUCCAGCACCAGCUCUAAGCGCAAGUCUUUACCCGGAACCUCCCGCCGAAAGCAGAGCGGCAAACAGGGCGGCUCACCCUUCAAACGGCGCCCCACGGUCACACCCGGCGUGACGGGACUGAGGAACCUGGGCAACACGUGUUACAUGAACUCCAUCCUGCAAGUGUUGAGCCACCUGCACGUCUUCAGGGAGUGUUUCCUGCGCCUGGACCUCACCCAGGCUCUGGAGCUGCUGGCCUCCGCUGUCCACGGCCAGUUGACGGGCAAGACCUCGCCCCUCGCCCACAGAAAGGGAUACCACACCAGCUCGGGGUCAGGGCUCAGCGGGGGGGCCUCGCGGGGCCGCAGCAUGGAGCUGAUCCAACCCAAAGAGCCCAGCUCCAAGCACAUCUCCCUCUGCCACGAGCUGCACACGCUGUUCCAGGUCAUGUGGUCCGGCAAGUGGGCGCUGGUGUCGCCCUUCGCCAUGCUGCACUCCGUGUGGCAGCUCAUCCCCGCCUUCCGAGGCUACGCCCAGCAGGACGCCCAGGAGUUUCUGUGCGAGCUCCUGGACAAGGUGCAGCAGGAGCUGGAGAGCACGGGCAAGCACCCGCCCACCACCGACGUCCCCCACACGCAAAAACGCCUCAUCAAGCAGGUGCUCAGCGUGGUCAACACCAUCUUCCACGGACAGCUGCUCAGCCAGGUCACAUGUCUGGCCUGCGACCAUCGCUCCAACACGGUGGAGCCUUUCUGGGAUCUCUCCCUGGAGUUCCCCGAGCGCUACCAUAGCAACAGCCGGGAGUCGGCCGCACAGGCGUCCUGUCACCUGACAGAAAUGUUGGCCAAGUUCACUGAGACUGAAGCACUGGAGGGAAACAUCUACGCCUGCGACCAAUGUAACGCUGCACGUAGACGCUCGUCGUCCAAAGCGGUCCUCCUCACCGAAGCACAAAAACGUCUGAUGGUCCACAAGCUGCCUCAGGUGCUGCGGCUGCACCUCAAACGCUUCAGGUGGUCCGGGCGGAACCACCGGGAGAAGAUCGGAGUCCACGUCAUUUUCGACCAGCUUCUCGACAUGGAGCUGUACUCCUGCACAGAGCCCGCCCCGAAAGGCGUCAGCCCGCAGAGCCCCACGGCAGGCUCGCCGAACGCCAAGCACUUCCUGUACGAGCUCUCUGCCGUGGUAAUGCAUCAUGGGAAAGGCUUCGGAUCGGGUCACUACACGGCGUACUGCUACAACAGCGCCGGAGGCUUCUGGGUUCACUGCAACGACUCCAAGAUGAACGUGUGUUCUGUGGACGAGGUGUGCCGGGCCCAGGCCUACAUCCUCUUCUACACCCGCAGGGUUACUCAGGUCAAAGACCGGCCGCUGUGACUUGUUGUGUAUUUUUAUGUGACAAAGUUGUAUUUUAAAGAGACGACCAGGUCCAGUCCUGCUCAGAGACUUUGUACGCAGGCCAGCAUUCACCUCCUGUCAGGACAAAAACCUCAACGCCUGCCUUUCGGAUUCAUGACGCUCGCAGGUGUAAGUGCCCUUUUCCAACCAGAUCAUCUAUUUUUAUACCGGACGAAUGUUUCAUACCACUCAAAGGCCGUUUAUCAACUUUGAUACCACCUGUAGCUUUUUCUUCUCCCGCCACGCAGGUGGUGGUGUAUUGAAAUGAUGAAAUUAGACGCACGUCUAGGGGUGUAACGGUACACAAAAAUUUCCGUUCGGUUCAUUUUCGGUACAGUAAGAAAACAACAAAACAUACAUUUUUGGGUUAUUUAUUUACCAAAUUUGCUAAAUCGUCCACCAAAAUACUUUUCUUUGUGGAAUAUUUGACUUGAAGUAAUGGGAACCUUGAUUUUGAUUCAAUAUUAUGUUUUGAGCAAUGACAGUCUCGUUCACAAGUGAGGGAAGAGUGGAUCGUGAGAACGGCAGGUGGAUCGGUGCGGCGUCUUCAGUAAUGCGGAUGUUGUACCGAUCCAAUGUGGUGAAGAAGGAGCUGAGCUGGACGGCAAAGCUCUCAAUUUACCGGUCGAUCUACGUUCCCAUCCUCACCUAUGGUCAUGAGCUUUGGGUCAUGACCGAAAGGACAAGAUCACGGGUACAAGCGGCCGGAAUGAGUUUCCUCCGCCGGGUGGCGGGGCUCUCCCUUAGAGAUAGGGUGAGAAGCUCUGCCAUCCAGGAGGAACUCAAAGUAAAGCUGCUGCUCCUCCACAUGGAGAGGAGCCAGAUGAGGUGGUCAGGAUGCCACCCGAACACCUCCCUAGGGAGGUGUUUAGGGCACGUCCGACCGGUAGGAGGCCACGGGGAAGACCCAGGACACGUUGGGAAGACUAUGUCUCCCGGCUGGCCUGGGAACGCCUCGGGAUCCCCUGGGAGGAACUAGACGAAGUGGCUGGGGAGAGGGAAGUCUGGGCUUCCCUGCUUAUGCUGCUGCCCCCGCGACCUGACCUCAGAUAAGCGGAAGAAGAUGGAUGGAUGGACGGUUUGAAAGGGAAAAAAAAUAGCUUUGUUUUAUUAGUCAAUGCUGCAACUUUUUCUAAAUUACAUGUAGCCUUGAAGCUUUUUUAUUUCCCGUUUGUUUAUUUUAAUAUUUUUUUUAGAAUGUGCCGUGGGCCUUAAAAACGUUAGCAGUGGGGCACACUUUUGACACCCCUGCUAUAGAUAUCUGAUAAAUCUAAAGGUAAAAAGCAGAGCCUGGCGACGCAUGCGCGUUUAUCAUAACUCUCGCUCUCUGCCCCUCCCUCACGAAUGUUGCUGCGCACAAAAGUUUUUAACCCCUUCUUAACCGUGAACAUACAUUGAAAAUACACGCAACCCUAACUUAAAAUGCCGGACGUUAGAGGCAUUUAAGAAACUCCACCUGGACAGCCCCGCAAAAGAGGACAUAUCCGCUGAAAAGAGGAGGUAUGGUCAGUCUAGUGACCGGGGUACGAUAAGAGUUUUUUUUGAUUGAUUGAAGCAUUUAAGUAGAUUGCACAGUACAGUAAAUAUUCUGUACAAUUGACCACUAAAAUGGUAACUCCCAAAUAAGUUUAACUUGUUUAAGUUGGGGUCCACGUUGAUCAAUUCAUGGUGCCUCUGUGUGCAUUGUUUACACAACGUGCGGUGUGCUACUUAAUAUGUCUGUUUGGAACCCGUUUGGUACACCUCAAACGAACCGAAACCCCCGUACCGAAACGGUUCAAUACAAAUACACGUACCGUUGCACCCCUACGCACGUCUGAGUGAAAUUUACCUCCAUACUGGAGGAUCUUGUACAAAAAUACUCGACCGGGUUUCCUUUUGAGGGGAAGUAAAAGCACAAUAAUCCAUCGGUUUCUACUCCAGAGAUGUAUCACCUUCUAUGCAAAUUGUUACCUCAUUUUUUUCUAGAACAUGACCUCAAUAAAUGAGAAUAUUUUUCCAUUUUUCUACAAAA